AUGAACGAUAGCGUAGCAGAAUGUACAGAAACUCUAGAUCCUCGAGUGCAGGUAAAAAUAAUCGAUAUUAAAAAAGACAUUAAAAUUGAAGAGCGAACAAUAGCAAUUUUUUUUUAUAUCGAGUUAGAACGCCUGAACACAGCAACAGAUGAGAUUAAUAGGCUUGAGGUAGAAUUAGAUGAGGCCCGUUUGGCUUUCCGCCGCCUUCUUGCCGAGGGACACUUAAGGAUACAACAGCUUACUAAAAAGCUUGGAACCAGCGUGCAUAAAGCCAGACCGUACUAUGAAGCUAGAUUUAGAGCUAAUAUUACCUCUCAAGAGUUGCACACAGCUAACUUGGCUUAUGACAAAGCUAAUAGUGCGCAUGCCGCUGCAAGGGAAAUGGUGUAUCUUGCAGAGCAAGGCCUGGCAAGACUGGCCGAUGGCUCCGGAGGACUCACCUUGGACCCCGCAUGGCAGGAAAUGCUCAACCACGCCACACAUAGAGUUAACCAGGCGGAAGCGGAUAGGGCUUCAGCGACGGUGACGCAGCGGACUAAGGCUGGUUCACACCGGGCAGCCACGGCUUUAGUGCAACAAUUGCAGAACGGACUUAAGAGACAUAUUGCUAAGUCACGGCCCUACUUUGAAGAGAAAGCUCGUAUCAAUUCAUCGCUUGAGAGUCAGAAGGCCAGAAUACAGACUCUAGAACAACAAGUGUGUGAAGCGAAACAGAGAUAUUCAACUGCUUUAAGGAAUCUUGAACGGAUAUCAGAUGAAAUACACAGGCAUCGGUCUCGGAGACAGUCUACAAGGAACGACAUAGAUCGUUCAACAAUAACUGACACGAGCGAGUCUAACGCCAGCGAGGCGCUCGAGGAGAUCACCAACAACGAUGACAGUGUGAGGGAGUGGCUGAGACGAGCGGACCGAAGCGACCCCGACACCUGGACAGAGAUAGACCUGGACUACUCCAGCCCUGAGGAGAUAAGCUUCGAGAAAUGUUCCCUACGUCCAAGGUCGACGCCUGAAAAGACAUCACCGCAAAGUCCGUUUGAAUCUAAAGUGUCAGCGGCGUCCCCGCGGCGGAUUAUACUGGGAGACAGGGGCGGAGACCGAGGCGGGGACAGGGGCGCAGCCCUACGAGCGGAACUGGAACGAGGAAGACGACAGAGUCUGGAUGCUCUCAUACAUGACACCGGAGAGAAAGUUAAAGAAAUGUUCCAAGGUCUAUCUCUGUUCGGUGAGCGUCGCGGGUCAGGCUCCGCGCCCCGCACCCCCCGCCGCUCGCCUCCCCGCCCGCGCCGCUCCCCCGCGCCCGACGGAGCCUCCUCCGCCUCUGACGAACGAUACUCAGACACUGACAGUCUGGCGAGUGUGGAGAUGUUAACAGACGAGCAAAUAGCGUCGUUAAUGUUGGACGCUCAGCUAGAAGCGGUAUGUGAAAGAUUGGCGGGCGUCGUUCCGGACAGAUAUUGA